AUGUCAUUGUCCAGCGCAGCUUCAGCUACCAGUUUGAUCAAACAGGGUGGCACUAGUUUGAUCCAACAGACUGCCACUUUGCCACAACAGAAAGUUUACCUUCCCAACCCAUUUGAUCUUAAUGACCUUCAGAUCCUCGACAAAGUUUAUCUCACCCACGUCAGUGAUGAUGAAACUUGCGAUACCAAGAUCAUUUUCGACCUUGUGUCCAAUGUUAUACUUCAGAGUUAUUCACAAAUUCCCAUAACCAGUUUCAAACCAGAAUUCUCUACACUGAAGCUGAUUUCUUGUCAGAUGAUAGCCACACGUAGUGCUGCACAUUGUGCUCACCAAACAACAUUGUGGAUUCUUCAACACCUGAGAUCUUACUCCUGGGAUGCAAAAGCACUAAUAACUCUAGCUGCUUUCACUUUGGAAUAUGGGAAUGUUUUGCACCUUAAUCGGGUCCCAACAACGGACCUACUUGGAAGCUCAUUGAAACAACUGAAUCAAGUUCAAAGCAGAAGGGUCUCUACUGAUGUUACUGAAUUGGUCACCUUCAUAGUGCAAGUGUUUCAGGACGUUAAAGAAUUGGCAACGUGGUCUGCUGAAGGUUAUGACCCAGAGGAUGUUCCUUCCUUGACUGAAGCCUUGCAAGAGAUCCCUGUUGUUGUAUACUGGACAAUUGCUGCCAUUGUUGCUUCUACUGGCAACCUCUUCGGUGUACCGGAGGAUAGAUUAUCAGAUUAUAGGGACAGGCUUUCUGAUAAUGUUAGGAAGUUGAAAGUGCAUCUAAAGAAAUGCAAAGAGCAAAUAGGCUAUGUAGAUGAUUACUGGAUCCGCAUGAAAAUCUUUGACAAGCCUAAAGAUAUUGUAGAUUGUUUGAAGGCUCUGAUCUAUCGAGAUGGAACUCAGAAUCCCCGAAUAUAUGAAGGCACCAACCAGGUUAAAACGGGUAUUGAAGUGUUCAGGCAGAAACAUGUGUUGGUGUUUAUUUCGAGCCUGGACAGCAUUGACGAUGAGAUUCUGCUUUUAAAUUCAAUCUAUGACAGAUUGCAAGAAGAACCAAAAACAAUGAAAGGUUUAAAGAAAGAAGAUUUCAAGAUUUUGUGGAUCCCCAUUGUGGACGACUGGGAUGAUGCCCUUAAAGAUAAAUUCAAAGCUUUGAGGAGUAAAAUCAAAUGGUACUCAGUGGAGGACUUCUUUAAGUUACCAGGUCCAGGGCGCAGGAUAAUAACAGAUCCAGAUAGAUUGCAUUACAGGGAUAAUAAACCUAUUAUCCCAGUGUUCAAUCCUCAAGGUACCAUAAUAAAUGAAAAUGCUAUGGAAUUGAUUUUUGAAUGGGGGAUAGACGCGUUCCCUUUUAGGAAAAGUGAUGGUGAUGAUCUUAAACUAAAAUGGAAGUGGCUUUGGGAUGUUCUCAAAAAAGCAAUUCCCGGACUAGAGGAAAAAGGAGACAGAUACAUCUUUAUCUAUGGAGGUGCCAACAAUAAGUGGAUUCAAGAUUUUACACUCGAAAUGGAAAAAAUAAAAAGGAAUGAGAAUAUUAAGCGUGCAGAUGUUAUAAUAGAGCACUAUCUGUUGGGGAAGGAUGAUCCUAACCGUGUUCCUAGUUUCUGGAUUGGAAUAGAAAGAAAGAAACAGAAUAAGAAGCAUCGAGAGGAGGUGGAUUGUGAGAUUCAAAGAAUUGUGAAGAGUUUGUUUUGCCUCAAAAGAGACCCACAGGGAUGGGCUAUUCUCAGCAAAGGGGGUAACAUAAAGAUUCUUGGUCAUGCCGAGCCUAUGUAUCAAACUGUUGCUGAGUUUCAAAAUUGGAAAGAGAAAGUGCUUGUUAAAGAAGGGUUUGACAUUGCUUUCAAAGAAUACUAUGAUGCUAAGGUCAAAGAAAUAUCUGCUAGUCAACCAUGUGCAAUUAUCAAUGUUGAUAGCUAUAGUGCAAAUGUCAUAGCAACCAUAACAUGCCCAAAUCCCACGUGUGGGCGUGUGAUGGAGGUUACAUCUGUUAAUUACAAGUGCUGCCAUGGUGAUGCUCCAAUCAGUGGCAAGAUCUGAUUCA